AUGAUUGUACUUAAGCAUAGCGGUAGGAAAAGCGGUAAGGUCUUUACUAUGGGCAGAAUCCAAUUCCGCACCCCGGCCACUACCACCCACCGUUCCACCAAGUCAAUCAAGACUCUAAAAAAACACCACAACAACCCAAACAGCCCACCACAAUGUCGCACCACCGAAGAGUGGAGCUCCAGUCUCCAGCAGACUUCACCUACCUCUACGCCAACACAGUCGCAACCUCACGACAAAAACUCGAUCUCCACAUCCCCCUUCCGCUGA